AUGGACCCACCCGACUCGGGGCGCAUCCUGGAUCGCGCUCCACCACUGAGUUUCUUCGAGAGAGCCUACGAGGCCUUUGAGGGUGCCCCCUGGGAUGUGGGAAUUCCCCAGCCGGCCCUGGCUGUCGCACUGGCUGAUGGCGAAGUGUUGGGUCCUCGGAUUCUCGACAUUGGCUGUGGAACCGGAGAGAAUGCAGUCUUCCUUGCAGAAAACGGUUUCGACGUCACAGCCUUCGAUAUUGUGCCAGCUGCUGUCUACCAAGCCGAUGUGUUUGCACUGAGCGAAGUCCCGGAAAUUACGGACCUCCCAUACGACACCGUCCUUGAUUUUGCUGUUUUCCACGGAAUUGGUGACGACGAGGAGCAGCGCGACGCGCUCCGUGCCACCGCCGCAAGUGUCAGAGAGGGCGGCCGUUUGCUUCUCCAUGCCUUCUCCGAUGGAAAUGCAGGAUAUGGAUGGACAGGUCCUCGCCGCACGACAGAAGACCACUUGCGCAAGCAACUGGCGGAAACGGGUUGGGUUGUCCGUUCUAUCACAGCGAGGCCCUACACGUACUACGACUGCACGAGACGCUGCUGUGAUGAGAUGGACGCGCUUUUCGUAAUCGCGGAAAUCCCCCGGUCGAUUCGAGCACUGUGCCUUUAUUUGGCUUUUGCCAGUGCGGCUUCGUCUGUUGUGGUUCUUUUCUGGGAAGUCGUAGAGGUGUUUCGAACCGACAGGGAGAAGGAUUUCUUUCUCCCCACACGGGGUUGCUGUGGUUUGACUGUCGCCCUGGCGCUUGGCCUGCGGCAUGCCUACCCUUUGGAGGUCUUGCCCCUUGUGCCGAAGCCGUGGGGUUUGCAGUGCCAGCACCUGCCCUUCGGCCUCGUCUCGUCCUGCGUGGCCUUGGGGCUUCUGGGGCCUGCGUGGCUGCUCCCUGAGUGGCCCUUCGCCCCCUUGGCUUUCUUCUUCGCGUGGUUUCACUUGCGCUACCUGCACUGGUUUCCCCAUGCCAAAGCGCAUGGGGACCAUUCGCCAGACUUUGUUUUCGCAAAUCUGUUUCCUCAAGCUUUGCGUCCGGUGGUCAGUGCAGUUGGAGCCCUGUCCCACAACUUGGCCUCCACAGCGGCCCCUGGCCUUCUGCGAAUACGGCAGCCGGAGGAGGAUGCAGAGAAGGGGGAGGCCAUCGUCUACGAUCCCAGUCGUGUACAGGACGGUGGAGCCGUGCUCUGGAACUCUGCUCCGGGCAUGAGUCUCAGCGCAGCCACCGCUUCGACCCCCUGGCCUGCCCCGCCUGCGUGGCCUGUGCAAGCUGGGGAUCCACUUCCCGGCGCACCCGGUUCCAAGGAGUACGAUGCUCGUCGUGCCAAAGCUUUGAAAUUGCUGGACGAAUCCAUCAGCUCCUUGCUGGCACCACAAGCUUCGGGUCCUUCGGUGGAGCCGGGCGCGGGUUCCACCGCCUCCGAGCUGGCCAACGGUUUGAGAGAGGAGCCAAAGCCAAGGCGGGGUGGGGCAAGACAAGUUUUUUUUGGGGGGGGGGCGGGCGGGGGGGUAAUACCGGAAGUCUAA